AGUGCAAAUUUUUAAAUGAAUUAGUGUAAAAUGGUCGCACUGUGGAUUCGGUAUGGUUUUUUGGUCGUGGGUUGCCUGUGCUUGGGCGCCAUUGCUGGACCCGUCAUGAGGCAUGAGGUGGAAACUGAUCCGGAACUAACGGCUGGUUACUUUCAAGGUGAUAUGGAUGUGGAGCUCACACGGAACGGAGUACUAGCCACGACUCGACACUGGCCCAAUGCCACAGUCUACUACAAGAUCGAUAAGGAAUUCGAUGCAGCACAUAUUGCUUAUAUUGAACUUGGAAUGCAGCUAAUUGAACUUGCGUCCUGCAUACGAUUUAUGCCAGCCAGUGAAGAAAACUUAAACUAUGUAUAUAUCUUCGAUUCGGAAUCUGGCUGUAGUUCCGCUGUUGGAUAUCGUGGCGGAGAACAGAACCUCAGAUUGACAGCAAACAAUUUGGAUAGUGGUUGCUUCAGAUUGGGCACCAUACAACACGAGCUGCUACACACUUUGGGCUUCCAUCAUCAACAAUGCUCCCCAAACCGCGAUGAUUUUGUCCAAAUUGUCGAGGAAAACAUUUCAGAGGGAAAGGAAAAGAAUUUCCUAAAGUACGAUUAUGAUGUGGUGGGAGACUUUGAUGUGGCCUAUGACUACGGUAGCAUAUUGCACUAUGGCCCGAAGGCCUUCUCAAAGAAUGGAAAAGAAACAAUUAUCGCACUGCAUCCAGAUGGUAAAUCCGAAAUGGGACAAAGGACCGUUCUCAGCCCUGCUGAUGUGACGCGUCUCAAUACCAUGUACAAGUGUCCAUUACAGGUGUAAAUAAAGAGUAAAAACUAAAAUGCAUUUCUACUAUUCAGUCAGGUGGACUGUCGACUACGAACACCAAUAAAGCACAAAAAGUGUCGUUAAUCUUCAA